UCAAACCCCAGUAAAGUACGAUAAACGCACUCCUUCAUUCCCUGAAUGUCACGGCAUUUUUGCUUCUAAAAAGCUGAGAGAAAUGUGCGUUUUUGUUUCUCUUUUCUAGUUUCUCCUGAAUAGAACAGUUUGGCAGUGAGAGUUAGUUGUAAAAGAGGAAAAGGAUGAAAAGGCUUGAACGGAGGUUUUGUGAGGAGUUUUCACCUGGAUAUUAUGGGAUUUGUACUGUUGGAGGAAUGCUUAGUGCUGGGACUACUCACCUUUUUGUUACACCUCUUGAUGUCUUGAAAGUAAAUAUGCAGGUUAAUCCGAUCAAGUAUAGCAGCAUUUCAUCAGGGUUCUCUGCCCUUUGGAGAGAGCAGGGGCCAUCUUCUCUUUGGAGAGGUUGGUCUGGCAAGUUCUUCGGAUAUGGUGUUCAAGGAGGUUGCAGAUUUGGUCUUUAUGAAUACUUUAAGGGGCUUUACUCCAAUGUUUUGGUAGAUCAAAACAAGACUUUCAUAUUCUUUCUCAGCAGUGCAUCUGCUCAAGUAUUUGCUGAUGUGGCUCUCUGUCCUUUCGAAGCCAUUAAAGUUCGUGUUCAGACACAGCCCACUUUUGCGAAGGGUUUGGUUGAUGGAUUUCCAAAACUUUAUAAAACUGAAGGGCUUACUGGCUUCUACAAGGGACUUUGUCCACUUUGGGGCCGCAAUCUUCCAUUCUCAGUGAUAAUGUUCUCAACAUUUGAGCAUUCAGUGGACUUUAUCUAUAGAAGUAUCAUUAAACAGAGAAAAGAAGAUUGUUCCAGAGCUCAACAACUUGGUGUCACAUGCUUAGCAGGGUAUGCAGCUGGAGCAGUUGGUGCCGUAGUCUCUAACCCUGCUGAUGUCAUUGUUUCUUCUAUUUACAACAAAAAGGCAGAUAAUGUGUUGCAGGCUGUUAAAAAGAUUGGGCUUGUUAAUCUGUUUACUAGAAGUCUUCCUGUUCGCAUAACACUCGUGGGACCUGUUGUUACCAUGCAAUGGUUUUUCUAUGACACCAUCAAAGUGCUAUGUGGACUGCCUACUAGCGGAGGACUCAACAGACAAUUACAACAAGCUGAUUUAUCAUCUUAACCUCUUUGGAGUAGAAUCUACAAUUCCAUCAGGCCAAGUUCUGUAAACAUCAAAAGUUAACAAUCCCUGCAAUUUGGGCGUAUGAUACAUAAUCAUUCUGAUCAUGGAGAUGUCAGAAGGUUAUUUAAACCUAUCUUAAUGGGUACCAACUAUUGUAAAAGGUUCAACAUUGCCUUAAAAUGAUUCUUUCCAUUGUUGAAAAUGAUACUCCCUUCCCCAUCCUUCCCCUUCCUUUUAUUUUUUAUCUGGAGGGGUAUCAUACUUUGUUUUGUCACGAGAGAAUUCUUAUCAGACUUUCGUGUGACUAAUAAAUUGCUGUCAUUGCUAUAAUUAAGGAUUCUAAUGACUCUUAACUUGUUGUAUGACAGCAUAUUUAGUAGUUAAUAUUGCAUGAUCCUAGUUGACAGCUUAUUUUGGCACAUUGGUGUUUCUAUCUUGGCUCUUCUUGUUUUUUUGUUCUUUAUUUAUAUUUGGUUCAACAUGAAUUGUCUUUGUCGAUUGCUAUGGCAUGAUAUGUAGUGGCCUUGACUGGACAGGCUACACGCAACAUAAACCAGCCAAUGGAAAUGGAAAUCAGUUAAGCAACAUCACUGUUUACUGAGGCGGAAUGGGUGCCCGGUCUGCAUGGCAAAUACUUUAAAGUAAGAGCCUCUAACAAAGAUCAUGUUUGGAAGGGCGAUGGAGGGUCCAGUUCAACAAGGGCCAACUGGGAGCGCAUUAAGUGGGAAAUCUUGUGUAUCAGUAUAUGUAUUUUGUUUAUACUUGUAAUCUGAUCAGACCAUAAUUGAUCUUGGCCAAUGCUAUCAUUAUCUUUGUUUUAAUUAUCCUUACUAAAUGUAGGUAGGGAAAGUGGAAGUGGAACUCACAAGUCACUUCCUUGAAUUACAAAGUUGGCAGCCCACUUGCUGAGGGUAGAGAUGACGGACAACCCAAAAGGCACAA